GAUCACAUAUGGGCAUGUGAACUUCACAAGGUCACAGCAGAGAUGUUUUUUUUAGUUUCAGCUUGGCUUGUUGUAGCCCUCACUAUUGAACGGUGGUUGGUAAUCCAUAGCCCAUUUGGAAUUGGAUACCAUUGUAACACACGGUCUGCAGAAUAUACAGUCAUCAUUUUGGGUUUAUGUCUUUUACCUCUCGCUCUCACAAAAAUAUGGUUUGCAGGUAUGGAACAAGAUAGUGUUUUCGGGCACCAGUCUUGCAUUCUGUUGGAAAAUGGUUGGGAUGAGGCAGUUUAUAUGUAUGUUGCUGCUGUAAUUUGGGUUCCUCUGAUUUUAAUUUCUAUUGGAAAUUUAGGAAUCCUUUGUGAAAUAUGGUAUUCUGCAAGAAAACGUUCAAAGUUAGUAGCUUCAGACUUUGAACAUGACACUACUUCUGAAACACAGAAGUUGACUCGCCUUCUGCUAUUACUAUCUGCUACUUACCUUCUCAUACUUUUGCCACUUGGAGUAGUGGAAACAACUGAACUAUACUGGGAUGGAAAAAGAGUGCCAUGUACAGAAGACUUCUACGUAGAAUGGUAA